AUGAAACCUCUAUCGAAUCUCUUCUCCAAACGACCCGUUCCCAUUUCUGCAGGUGGAUAUAUAUGUAACAUCUGUUCUGGGCGUCAAAGAAUUUCUGCACUACCUUCGAAUCGCAGAUACUUAUCAACGCCAGCCUCAACCCCUGCUUCAAACCAAACACAAACACAAAUACAUCCCCUCGCACCCGCUAAAAAAGGCAUUGCGCGCCUAUUUUCCCGUAGACUUAUCUCGUUAAAAGGUCCUGACUCAACGAAAUACCUUCAGGGCGUUAUUACGAAUGAUAUUUACAAAGAGGGGGGCAAGGCGGGGUUUUAUUCUGCGUUUCUAAAUGCGCAGGGGAGGGUGUUGAACGAUGUUUGGGUUUAUAGAGAUGGGAAGGAAGGGGACAAUAAUUGGUUGAUAGAGGUUGAUGCGAAGGAGGUGCAGGUUUUGGCUACACAUAUUAGGAGGUAUAGGAUGCGAGCUAAGUUUGAAAUUGAGGUUGUGGGGGAGGAAGAUAGAAAGGUUUGGAGUUUGUGGGGAGGGGAAGGGGAGGGAGAGGAGGGUAUCGGGUGGAUGGACGGGGAUAGGGGGAUUGUGUGUGUAGAUAAUCGAGCGCCGGGGAUGGGGAAAAGGAUCAUUUCGAAUCGGAAUGCGGAGUUGCAGAUGGAGGAUCAAGAGCUACGGGUGCAGGGGGAAGAUAUGUAUAGAGUGAAAAGAUACCUGAUUGGAGUGCCGGAGGGACAGGAUGAGAUACUUAGGGAGACCGCCCUGCCGCAGGAAAGUAAUGUGGAUUCAAUGGGCGGCAUCGAUUAUGCGAAGGGGUGUUAUGUAGGCCAGGAAUUGACUAUUAGGACGCAUCAUACGGGGGUGGUGAGGAAGAGAAUCGUACCCAUGAUGUUGGUUCCGGACGGGGAGGAUAUGCCUGGUCUAGGAGAGUUGGAGUAUAAGGGAGGCAAUCUGGCGAGUUGGUUGAAAGGGGGAGAAAGUAUUAAGAAGGUUGGGGGAAAGAGGCCGGUGGGGAAAUGGCUAAGUGGGGUUGGAAAUUUGGGGUUGGGAUUGGCGAGAUUGGAUGAGAUGGGUAGGUGGAUGGUGGAGGGGAAGGAGGGGGGUGGUGGGGAGGAAUUUAUGGUGGAGGGGAAGGGGGAGGGAGAGGGAGAAGUUAGGAAUAUUAGGGUUAGAGCCUUCCCUCCUGCUUGGAUCGAGACAUAG